CACCAGACAAUCAUGGAGUCGAGAGCCUUCUGUCUGCUGAUACUCUGCUGUUGCAUCAAUAUCUGCAACUUUUAUCCACUCAUUCGUCCCAGCAAUGGACUCAAUGCAUGCCUGAAAAACCCAUCUUCAAAAGCGCUGGAGGUUCUACCAGGUGGAGGCUGGGAUAACCUGUGCAACAUAGACAUGGGACGGGUGAUGAAUCUGAGCUAUUCCCAGUGUCAGACCACAGAAGAUGGUGUCUAUCUCAUUCCAGAUGAAGUCUUUGUCAUUCCACAGAAAAUGAGCGGAGUGGAAACAAACUCUGAGAUCAUCAUGUCAUGGCUGGAACAAAAAAGCUCCACUUCAAGCUCCAUUAAUGCUGAUGUUUCCUUCUCUUCGGUGCUCAAUGGAAAAUUCUCCAUAGAAAACCAGCGCAUGAAAACCCACCAAGUGAGAGAGGGUGCUGUAACAGCACGAGUUCAAGUCCGUAACCAUCUGUACACUGUAAAGGCGUAUCCUAACUUUAUUCUGGACUCCCGCUUUGCUCGACAGGCAGAGGAAAUUGCAGAUGCCAUUAAGAACAAUCAAACACGUCUAGCAGCGUAUCUGUCAGAGAGACUCAUAUUUGAUUAUGGUACUCAUGUCAUCACAAGUGUUGAUGCUGGUGCAACUUUGGUGCAAGAGGACUAUUUAAAAACAUCUUAUAUCCAGAAGAAUCAGUUAGACAUGUCUUCUGUUUCUGCAUCAGCAAGCCGUUUCUUUAAAAAAGUUACGUUUGGUAUUGGUGUCAGUGCAUCCCUGGAAACUUCUGAAACUAGCAGUUAUCAGGGUAACGUCACAUAUUCUUUCACUCAGAGUCAUGGUGGAGCUUUAUUCUACCCAGGCAUCACUCUGCAGAAGUGGCAAGAGAGUACACUCAAUAAUCUGGUGGCUAUUGACCGCUCUGGGCUGGUCCAGAUUCCAAAAAUUUCAACUUCCAGGCAAAUGUAGAUGAUGCAUCUUGUCAAGGACCAGUCACCAAUCUUAGCUUUGGUGGCAUUUACCAACGAUGCACUCCAUUGACAUCAGAUGGAAAUACCAUCUGUGAUGA